AUGUCGAUGACUUCCCAGGCCGCAGCUCGAUGCUGCAGACAGCUCGUCCGCCCAUCUGCUUCCCUUCGCCUUUCCGCACCAUAUCAGCAAACAAUAAGCCGGAGGUGGCAGUCCGCAGAGGCUGCUGCACCCGCAAACCCCAAGAUUACGCAGAUUGUCGACCAAAUCAGUCAAUUGAACUUGUUAGAAACGGCCGACCUUGUUGCUAGCCUGAAGUCCCGCCUGAAUAUCCCCGACCUCCCCGUUGGUGGUUUCGCUAUGGCCCCCGGAGCUGGUGCCCCAGGUGCUGCCGCCGCAGAAGAAGAGGAAGCUGCUCCUCCCGCCCAGGAAAAGACCCUCUUCAACCUUAAGCUUGAGGCUGUCGAGGGUGCCUCAAAGGCCAAGGUUAUUAAGGAGGUUAAGACGCUUCUCGGACUGUCGCUUGUUGACAGCAAGAAGUUCGUUGAGUCCGUGCCGAAGGUUCUUAAGGAGAGCGUGCCCAAGGAGGAGGCAGAGAAGCUUAUCGAAACGCUUAAGGCCGUUGGCGGGAAGGCUGUUAUGGAGUAA